AUGGUGUCCAGAUUUCAUCAUUAUCAUGGGUCGAAUAUUAUAUUAUUUGAAGACAACACCGUCGCAUAUAGGAAGGCGAGUUUUGCGCAUGGAUUGACUUUUAGUGAGAAACCUCUGUUACCGGGUGAAAUAUUUUUAGUGGAGAUAGAGAAAACUGAACGUGGUUGGAGUGGUCAUAUGCGAUUAGGACUUACAUUACUUGAUCCACAGACAGCUGCUCUUGGUGAUAAAGGACUUCCCCAGUAUGCAUUACCUGAUUUGGCGAACACUGGAAUGUCAUGGAUAUUUCCAAUUUCAAAGUCUCAAAAUAAUGUAUUGAUAGAACUUGUAAAUCAAGGUACCAGUGGUCGACGUGAAAAUGAGCACAGGGUUUCAGUUUUAGGAGAUGGGCAUAGUGUGCGAACACCUCGUGGAAAUAUUUCGAAAAUGCUUUUGAGGCCACAAAUAUUAUCACUAAAUGGGACACCUCAAGGUAUUUUGCCUAUGGAUGCUGGAAGUCGCAUUGGAGUUAUGUUUGUUCCUUGUCCAAAAAUCAAAAAAGAUGAACCAGAUUUAGCUGAAAUGCAUUUUAUUAUCAAUGGAGAAGAUCAAGGCCCGUGUACUAAGGCCAUUCCUUACAAAAGUGGACCAUUACAUGCUGUUGUUGAUGUAUAUGGUACAACAAAACAAGUAAAAAUUGUACAGUUGUAUGGUGUGAAAACACUUCAACAUGUGUGCCGUGAUGCAAUACUCCAGUAUGUAAAUAAUGGAUCAGUGAAGUCAUUGCCAUUGCCAAAGUGUUUAAAAGACUUUCUACUCUCAUAG